UCUCUGGUCAAAGAGACAGUUCAGUAUACAGACAGAGUCCAAGGAUGAAUGUUCACCGUGCCAGUGAUGGUGACAGGUUAUUGCGGCAAGAAGCCAGCCGCCUAGUGGAUGAUACCUCAACUGCAACUCAAGAAAAAGAAGCAAGUAGCCUGACUUUAUCUGGUCUUCAAAAUCUUACUUAUCCCUCAGGUCCCAGGAGUGAAGACCUUUCACUUGACUAUGCCUCUCAGCCAGCAAAUCUUCAAUUCCCUCACAUAAUCCCACUUGCUGAAGACAUCAAAGGCUCCUGCUUCCAAACUGGGAAUAAACGGAACCACGAACCCUUAAUUGUUCUGGAACGAUUUGGAAACAGCAGUGUGGGCUUUGGCAGUAAUUCUCACUCCCAGGCACCAGAGAAAGUGACGCUUCUUGUAGAUGGCACACGUUUUGUUGUGAAUCCACAAAUUUUCACUGCUCAUCCGGAUACCAUGUUGGGAAGGAUGUUUGGACCGGGAAGAGAGUACAACUUCACGCGGCCCAAUGAGAAGGGAGAGUAUGAGAUUGCUGAAGGAAUCAGUGCAACUGUAUUUCGCACGGUGCUGGAUUACUACAAAACUGGUAUUAUCAAUUGUCCCGAUGGCAUCUCUAUUCCAGACCUUAGAGAUACAUGUGAUUAUCUCUGCAUUAAUUUUGACUUCAACACCAUCCGAUGUCAAGAUCUGAGUGCUUUACUGCAUGAACUGUCUAAUGAUGGUGCUCACAAGCAGUUUGAUCACUACCUCGAAGAGCUCAUCCUGCCCAUCAUGGUGGGCUGUGCCAAGAAAGGGGAGCGAGAGUGCCACAUUGUUGUGCUGACAGAUGAGGAUUCUGUGGACUGGGAUGAAGACCACCCCCCACCCAUGGGAGAAGAAUAUUCCCAAAUUCUUUAUAGCUCCAAGCUCUACAGAUUCUUCAAAUACAUUGAGAAUCGAGAUGUUGCAAAAACAGUGUUGAAGGAACGAGGCCUAAAAAACAUUCGCAUUGGAAUUGAAGGUUAUCCUACCUGUAAAGAAAAGAUUAAGAGAAGACCUGGUGGCCGGUCUGAAGUAAUCUACAAUUAUGUGCAGCGCCCCUUUAUCCAGAUGUCAUGGGAAAAGGAAGAAGGAAAGAGUCGCCAUGUGGAUUUUCAGUGUGUUCGAAGCAAAUCCCUCACUAAUUUGGUAGCUGCUGGAGAGGAUGUCUUGGAGGACCAGGAGAUAUUAAUGCAUCAUCCACCCCAAGUGGAUGAACUUGAUCGGCUAAAUGCCCCACUUUCUCAGAUGGCUUCUAAUGACUUUCAGGAUUAGGACCAGCUGUGGGUCCACUCUAUUUUGGAGUUUUUCCUCUGUCAGGAUGCCCACACCCACUCUGCCCCAUGGUUUGUCUCACUCUGAGUAGGGGACAUGUUUCCCCCCAUCUUUCCCCCUUUUCCCAUAAUUAACGUGUCCUUUUCUGUAAGCGUAAGUUCAUGCCUCCAGCAGAAGGUGAAGAAGCACUGGUAAUUAAGCUACCAGCUUUGCAGCAGCCCUGGGAACUUGAAAAAUUUGAGUCUGGUGCUGUUCACUGACUCUUUGCAUAAUGUAAAGAGAGUUAAGGCUCCUAUUGCCUCAUAUUCAGCAAAGCAAUUAUUCUCAUCCUUUACAUUCAGUUCUUGAAUUUUGUUUGUUUUGUUUUUAUACUAAGCAAGUCACUUAGUAGCAAAGGGACCAAACU